AUGCCCCGCAACCGUUCCGCCGGCCGCGCCCCCGCCUCGCGCGCUCCCACGCGCCCUACUGUAGCUCCUGCCGCUCCCGCCCCCCAGCAGCAGCGCCCUGCCACCACCAUGGCUGCUCCCCAGCAGCAAUACGCUCCUCCUCCCCAGGCUGCCGCUCCUUCUCAGGGUCCCGGACUCUUUGGCCAGAUGGCCAGCACUGCUGCUGGUGUCGCCGUCGGUUCUUCCAUCGGCCACGCCAUAGGCGGUUUAUUCUCCGGCGGCUCCUCCGAGCCCGCCGCUCCCCAGCAGCAGCAGGUCCAGACAUCUGCCCCCCAGGAUAACCAGUGGGCCAACGGUGGCAGCUGCCAGGGCGCCGCCACCCAGUUCACCCAGUGCAUGGACGAGCACGGCGGCAACAUGCAGAUCUGCAACUGGUACCUUGAGCAGCUCAAGGCUUGCCAGGCCGCCGCCAAGAACUACUAG